UUUAUUUUAGAUAAUAAGGGUCAAAGUUACAAGAUAAAUGGUGAUAAAUCUCUGCUCCAGCCAACCUCAGUAGAAUCAGUGCACACCAUGGAAGCCAUAUUCUGCAGAAAUGGCACAGAGACACCAGAACCAGUCAAAGCAGAGGUGUCAGGUGAAAUCCCACCAUGGCUUCAGGGAACACUUCUACGCAAUGGACCCGGCCUUUUCUCCAUUGGGAACAUGUCCUACAAUCACUGGUUUGAUGGAAUGUCUCUUAUUCACAGUUUCACUUUUAAGCACGGUGAUGUAUAUUACAGAAGCAAAUUCCUUAGGAGUGAUACUUACACGAAAAACAUUACUGCCAACAGGAUUGUGGUGUCAGAAUUUGGGACAAUGGUAUACCCCGAUCCCUGCAAGAAUAUAUUCUCAAAAGUCUUCGCCCACAUGCUCAACACCAUUGCAGAUUUUACAGACAAUAACCUUGUGAACAUUAUCAGAUAUGGAGAUGAGUAUUUCACCUCAUCAGAAGUAAACUUCAUCAACCAAAUCAACCCAGUGACUCUUGACACUACUGGGAGAAUCGAUUACAGAAACCAUAUUGCCUUGAAUCUGGCAACAGCACACCCUCACUAUGAUGAGGAGGGAAAUACAUAUAACAUGGGCACUGCUAUCUUGGCACUGAGCGGACCCAAGUAUGUCAUCUUCAAGGUCCCUGCUACGUCAGAUAUAAACGACAAAACAGAAAAAAAGCUUGCACUGAAGAAUCUGCAACAGAUUUGCUCCAUUCCUUUCCGCUCAAAACUCUACCCAAGCUAUUUCCAUAGUUUUGGGAUGACAGAAAAUUACAUAGUCUUCGUUGAGCAGCCCUUCAAGCUUGACAUCAUAGGACUGGCCACAGCUUACUUCAGAGGAGUUACCUGGGGCAAGUGCCUCUUUUAUGACCAAGAUGAUGUUACUCUCUUCCACAUAAUCAACAGGAAAACAGGAGUGGCGAUGAACACGAAGUUCUAUGGGGAUGCGUUCGUGGUUUUCCAUCACAUCAAUGCCUACGAGGAGGACGGCCACAUAGUGUUUGACCUGAUCACAUAUAAAGACAGCAGUCUCUAUGACCUUUUCUACUUAGACUACAUGAAGCAGCAAGCAGAGAAAUUCUCUGAGAUGUGUAAGGCUUUAUCUCCACCCAUCUGUCAGCGAUUUGUCAUCCCUAUAAGUGCCGACCUCAAGGGAAAUCCAUUGGGCAAGAACCUUGUGAGACUAGAGGACACAUCAGCUACAGCAGUGUUCCAGGCAGACGGUUCAUUGUACUGUACUCCAGAGACACUGUUUCAGGGUUUAGAGUUACCUGAAAUCAACUACAAAUACAACGGAAAGAAGUACAAAUAUUUCUAUGGCUCUAUGAUAGACUGGUCAAGCCAAAAAAACAAGAUCGCAAAAUUGGACACAUAUACCAAAACACACCUAGAAUGGACAGAAGAGGAUUGCUUCCCAUCUGAACCAAAGUUUGUGGCAUCGCCAGGUGCAGUGGAUGAGGAUGACGGUGUUAUCCUGUCAUCUGUGGUCUCAUUCAAUCCCAAAAAGUCACCAUUUAUGUUGGUGCUGGACGCGAAGACCUUGAAGGAGAUCGCUCGUGCCUCAGUUAACGCAAGUGUUCACUUGGACCUGCAUGGACUUUUCAUCCCACAGGAAUCUGAACUGACAUAAAACCAAAUAACAUUCCUGGAAAAAUGCUUAUUUAAUCAUGCUGCGUACUUUAUUAUGUUGUGGUGUAGAUGACAGCAAUCAUAAAUUAAUGCUUUCUUUUGCACAAGAAAGACAUGGAGCUAAAUCAUACAAAGGCAUUGUAUUAUAUGCUUGUAAUUAAGUGCUAUUUGUUCAUUAAAAUGAAGUGCAUCAAUA